ACAUCACAGAAAAACAAAAAUGACAACUUCAAAAUAAAAUUACAACAUUGCCAAAAUUUUGCUAUUUUUUACAAAAAAGAAAAAUUAUAAAAAAAAUCAUGUACCAAUAUCAUACAAUACAAUUAUGUAUUAAUAGUCGUAGAUAGUAGUUCGAAAUGACAGUGGCAGCAGUAAUAAAGAAACAAAUACAAAAUGUACAACCUACCCGGCGAUUUUCUGAUGACCUACGAUUCUGAUUUGUCUGAACACUCGGACAGCUCAGAUUUCGAUGGAAGUAAUUCUACAAUUAACCAAAGGAAGAAACAAAAGACUUACUGGAAAAACUUUCGCCCGAAAUCAAAGAAAGACACCAACACACCAACAUGUAGCUCAUCGUACACUGUUACCCAAAACAGCUCCAGAGAAAUAUGGGAAACACAAACCUUUAGCCAAAAUGGAGGAACAGUAGGAGUGAAAGUACGUAAAACAUACAAAAAUAAAACAUGCAAGACAUUAGACGGCGGAGAUCAAGUCGAAACAAUAAAAUCGAAACGUGCGUCCACACGACGCAAAGUGAUACCCUGCCUAUCAUGCAUGUUCGGGCGGUCAAGUAAUAAUGUUAAACAAAUGUCAAUUAUAAGGGAAAACCCAACUGAAAACGUAAACAUUGAUACCGGUUGUCAAGCUACUAACGUCAACGGUGAACACAAAAUAAGGAAAUUUAAUAGAAGUCAGCAGCUCUAUGCCGUCCAACCUGUUUAUGCCGUUGAAGGGAACGCUCAUGCCGAGUCAAGUCCGUUUCAACAAACAAAAAUUGUUAACAAACCGUUAGCGAGCCGCAAAACUGUUAGAAACGAGAAAUCCAACGCGUGGUGUUUCACAUCAUCUUCGGAAGAUAAUGAAUAUAGAUUUGUACAACGCGAAACAUAUAAAAAUCAAGUGGAAAAACCGAGUAAAAAUAGACAGAAAAUAAACACAGAUGUAAAACAAGAGUACAAUAGAGAAACAGAAGGACCUAAGCGACAAAAAAAUGCUGAACAACAAUAUUCCACCAAAGUCAAUCGCAAUUAUGAAGUAUAUACUUAUCCUUGUCUGAAUCGAUCGAACACGGGCAGUGCGUACGCGGGCACUAACACUACUUGUCCAAAAAAUGAGCUGCCAAUCACGUGUUCUGGUUUUUGGGAGUACUUCUUUACCAAAUUAAACUCACAACAAAGUCAAAAUCAAUCUAAUACUGCGUCAAGACCAUGCAAGUGUCGUACUGAAAGUUCAUCUAAUGUUUGUAAGCCGUGUGAUAAAAGUUUGUGUACCGGUGAUUUAUCUCAGAGUUCACAAACUGGAGCAAAUAAAAAAGGAGCGUGCGAUUGCAGUACGGCAUUUUCAAGAUCCGCGUCAAUGCAAGCUCCCCCCAACGAAAUUCCUUGCAAAUCUGAACCUAAAAAUACCCAAGAUCCUCCUCGUCCCAAAAUAAAACCCGGCGAAAAAGUGUAUUGCAAAUGCUACCCAGAGAAAAAGAAACCACAACCAGCAAGUACUAAAGACAGUGCUCCUAGAGAAUGUAAGGCAUAUACUAAUGCAGAUUCUGGUGAAGCUAACGAAGGAACUCGUCCGUGCCAACUUUCUCACACAGACAUCACAGAGUCUUUAAGUCAAAAGUACAAUGGGGAAAUAUUAUGUAUCCAUAACCCUCCUUGUGUUUUAAUAAACGGUUGCCUUAAUCUACCGCCUGCCAAAGAAGAAGUGACCAUGGAUACGUGGCCGACAAAUACUCCCCAAACGUACAAGUUCUGCACCUCACCUCGCAGUACAUAUUUCCAGAAGCAACCAAGUACUCAGUUUCGUGUUCAAACUAGUCAGCGGAAUCCAUAUUAUCUGAAUAAUGAUAGUAGCUGUCAAUACUCCUCGCCUAUUAUAGGAAUACAGUCAACUAACAAGUGGAAGUCGAAUGAAGGGUUCCAAUACCAAAACUCUUCUAUUGUAAAACCAGUUUCAGUCACCGAUGGCAGUUGCCAAUAUAGACCGUCAUUUUAUGAACUGCAAAAUCAUAAAACCUCUGUAAAUGGAAUCAUUGAUGAAAAUUCUCGAAAGUACCGAAUAUCAUCCGAUGAAAUUCAAAAGUUGAAAGUGGUUAACGAGAGCUGCCAGUACUGGUUAUCUCCUACAGAAAUGGAGAAAGGUCAGAAUGAUAAUGUGGAGAGCUGCUUCUACUGUAGAGAAUCACCCACGGACAUUAAUAAACUGAUUACGCAUAGCAAAGAUAAACUGAGAGCUAGUGGAAUCGAGUUCAGAGUACCAAAAAUUAGAAAAGAGAAGAUUAUACAAAGUAUCUGUAACCAUAAUCCUCCGUGUGAAGUCGUGCGGACUUGUUGUACAGCAACAUAUGAUCCAAAGAUACAUACCUCUUGUGUGCACGUGCCCAUGUGUGAGAAAGUGCCGCUAUGUGUGCUGGAGCUGAAGAACCAGAACGAAGCGUUCCAGGCGUGUCAACAUAGACCUAAGUGUGUUGAGGUUCCGAUAUGUACAAGAAACUAUAUAGUGCUGACGGCUAGAGAAGAAGUAGCUACACAGAGCCAGUCAAAAUGCAAGAUGGUUUGCAGGCAUGAGCCUCCAUGCGUAAUGAUCCAGCGGUGUCUGGCUCGAGUGUGCGACAGUUGCAUACCGUGCGACGCCAUUCCUGCCUGUGUACACCUACCAAUGUGCGAGAUGAUCCCCGCGUGCUGCAGGAAGUCAGCCAAAGAAAUGGUUUCUGUUCAUACGCAAUACCCGAAUCAAUGUUCUUUAGUAUAGGAGGCAAGAGCUCUUCGUCGGCGACGGCGACGUCGGUGGACGGCGAGGUUAUGCAAAAUGCUUCGGAAGUGGAUGUACUCUAUUAGGAGAAAAUUAUGAGGAGACUGAACAUGGAACACAAACAGUCUGGUGUGGAGUAGUUGGCAGUGAAGUAGUUUUAAUAAAAACGUUUAAUUACUUUA